AUGUCAAUUUUAUUUUCUAAAACUGGAAAAGGUAAGCCAGUUCUGACUGAGAAUGGUUAUGAUUACAUUGAAGAACGUACGUAUGAAAAUAAAGUAUACUGGCGAUAUACACAAUGCAACAAACAGAAAUGUAACGUUGAAUUGCAUACAACUAAUAACACGAUUUGUCAUCGAGUUGGCGAUCACAAUCAUGCUCCAAAUCCGAAUACAAGUGAAAUUCGUCGAUGUCGUUCUGAAAUACGUGGCCUGUCUAAAACAACAAUGGUCACACAUCCAAUUGUUGCCACAUCAAUUACCACAACAUCUGCUGCAAUGUUAAGCUAG